AUGUACUCGCCAGCUGGCGCUCAGCGUGAGAAUGCACGACCACCAGAGCUUCCGCCAAAAGCAGCCGCACCUACCGCGCCUUUGACACGAAAUCCACCUCCGAGUAGCUUUCCCGAACCACCGCUGAUUCUCUCCGACAGGAAAGGAGGUGCACAGUUUUCCAGAGGCGGCCUUCUGGGAGAGGGCGGAUUUGCGCGUUGCUAUGAGGCGAUUGAUCCAACAGGCGCUCGAUUCGCCGUAAAGGUCAUUUGCAAAGCGUCACUGAAGUCCUCGAAGCAGAAGCAAAAGCUGAUUGCAGAGAUUCGGAUACAUCAAUUGAUGUCACAUCCACAUAUAGUGGGGUUCAAACAAGUUUUCGAAGAUGAUGACUUUGUCUACAUGAUUUUGGAGCUCUGCGAAAAUAGGACAUUCGUUGAGAUGCUGAAGAAGAGACGAAGGUUGACCGAGCCUGAAGUACGGCAUUACAUGUGGCAGCUGCUGGACGCGGUCUCGGAAGUGCACCGUCGAGGAGUAAUACACAGAGACUUGAAACUCGGCAACUUUUUUCUCACGCGAGAUAUGAAGCUGAAGCUGGGGGAUUUUGGACUGGCGGCGAUGAUUAAGCACGAUGGCGAGCGCAAAAAAACUAUUUGCGGAACGCCGAAUUACAUAGCACCGGAAGUGCUCUUCGACACGCAGGCAGGGCACAGCUACGAGGUGGACAUAUGGUCACUCGGUGUAGUCAUGUUCACAUUCAUUGUGGGGAGACCACCUUUCCAGACGAAGGAUGUAAAGGCGAUCUACAAGAAAAUUCGCGAGAACCAGUACGAAUUCCCUGCACAGCUUAAGAUUUCCGAUAGUGCCAGGUCAAUGAUCGAGUCUCUUUUGCAAACCAGGCCAGAACUCCGUCCAUCUGUCAGCGACAUAAUGGGACAUGACUUCUUCAGCAUGCAGCCCAUCCUCCGGACAAUGCCUGUAUCCGCUCUGACAUCAAUACCAGAAGCCGCCCUCGUCGAUACCACAAACCCCUCAGCGCGAACGUCACCGGAUCCAUUCCUCUCCGUGUCGGUUAGAACUCCUUUAAACGAGAACUUCUCCGCACCUGCCGACAACAGAAGUACCGUCCCCAUGCCAAUAGGCAGAACCUCCCUUCGGUCGCCUGCAUCGGCGCCAGGACCAAAGCCGUCCGACAUGGUGAUCCGCUCAAAGGCUUCACCUGCCAAGCCUCAAAGUCCUCCCAUAAGCGACUUCGAACGAUUACGGGUCGAUGUAGCGGAAAACAGACCACCCACGGAAAACAGGCCUCCGAUACCAAGUUCUUGGAUGCGACGAACGCAGUCACAUGAUUCCGAUCGGAAUGGUCAGCGAUCGGAUAGCAUCCCCACGAAGCCCAAAGUGGCUCACCUGCCAACCCCCGAUCCUGAGACCGAGUUCGAAGAUAGACGUGCACCGUUGCGCGCAGAUUACAAGAAUUCCUCUGCGGAGCGGAAUGGCUCUAGCGAGGAACCAGAGAUGCGUGCGCCACCAUCGCCGUCAAGUGAACGGACGAAUUCGAGACCUUCUACGCUGUCCGCUUCGUCAUCGCGGAAUCGUGGCUCAACGACGUUGUCGUCCACGCGGACGCAAGAAACGGGCCCACGGCGAAGCCUGAAUAUGGUGGCUGCCAUGCACAAGAACCUGCAAGACGCCUUGAGCGAUACUAGGGACGUGGAUGGAAGAUCGCUUGAUGCUGAGGAUAUGAAAUCACCCUCCCUCUUCAUCACGAAAUGGAUCGACUACUCGAACAAGUAUGGUUUGGGCUACCAGCUGCGGGACGGCUCGGUAGGCGUGUACUUCAAUGAUGCAACUAGUAUCAUCCUUGCAGCGGACAACCAUCAUUUCGAGUACCUGUACUAUGACCGGGGAUCCGAUCGGCCAUUCAUGCACCGACGAGCGCAUACCAUGACCGAGUUCCCUAACGAUUUGAUGAAGAAGGUGACGCUAUUGAAGCAUUUCCGGAGCUACAUGCAGGAAAACCUAUAUAAGGCAUGCAAGGAGACCUUACCCACGCCGCCGCGGACGGAGAACCUGCAUUUCCUGACAAAGUACCUGCGGACGAAACAUGGUGUCAUCUUCCGGCUGAGCAACCAUGUUCUUCAGCUCAACCUCUUCGACCACUCGAAAGUCAUUCUCUCCAAUGACGGUCUAACCGUAACCUACAUCGACCAGCGCCGCGAAUCCUCCACCAACUCGUUAGGCUAUUUCACGCGGACGGGCAACAAGGAGCUGUUGGAGAGGCUCAAGUACAUGAAAGAGGUGCUGCAUAGUAUGCUCGUCAAGAAACAGCAGCGGAGUGAGGACGCCGCGGCGGCUGCGGCCAAUGGAAUGAAUGGCAACCACCACCAACAACAAGUUACGUAG